AUGUCAAACGAAGACAAAUCUCGCGCAGCAGCAGCGCAGUUGCUGAUUGACGAUGAACCCGAUGACUGGGACAAGCGCAUCUACAGCACCGGCUGCGCAGACGAAAACGCAAAAUUGACGGAUUGCUACUAUGAGAAGAAAGAUUGGCGGGCGUGCAAGCAAGAGAUGGAAGUUUUCAGACAAUGCUGGCAGCGGCAUGGCAACGAUAAAAGGACGGAUUCGAAAGAUGCUAAAUGA